AUGAAAGAGAUUCUGAAGAAAGUAAACCAAACAAGUGAAAGAGUAAGUCAUUACAACAAUAAGCAGAAAAUACUUCUAGUUGGAGAAGGAGACUUCUCCUUUUCUUUAUGUCUAGCCAAGGCUUUUGGUUCGGCUACUAACAUCACUGCAACUUCUCUUGAUACUCGAGAGGAGUUAGAGCAGAAGUACAAGGAUGCCAAGAAUAACGUAGAAGAGUUGGAGCGACGUGGGUGCACCGUGAUUCAUGGUGUUAAUGUUCACUCCAUGGAUAAAGAUCAUCGCGUAGUCCGGUCGAUUGUGUAUGAUAGAAUCAUAUUCAAUUUCCCUCAUGCAGGGUUUCAUUUUGGUCGCGAGACUGAUAGCUACACCAUCUUGCAACACCAAGAAGUGGUGAAAGGCUUUUUCCUAAGUGCCAAAGAGUUGGUUGAUGCCAGUGGAGAGAUUCAUGUGACCCAUAAGAUAGCACAUCCAUUUACCAGUUGGAAUAUCAAGACUCUUGGUGAAGAAAAGGGUUUGAAUUGUGUCAGAGAAAAAGAAUUUUAUACGUUUCAAUAUCCAGGUUACUCCAACAAGAGGGGAAGUGGAAUUGACUGUGACUCUAGCUUCCCUGUUGGAUUAUCUUCGACUUUCAUGUUUAAGAAGAAGCCCUGGUAUGAAAGUGUGUUCUUGGGCAGGUUCAUUUGA